AUGAUGACGCAACAAAUUGAACCUUCACCGCGUCCCGGACUUCUGGCCAACUUCCGCAUUGGGGAACUAUGGCACGCGAUGUCUUCUGCAGAGAUACAAACGCGCAUCGGGCAGCUUAUUACCCAGGCGGAUGAAGCUGCUCGACGCGAUGGCUUACAAAAGGCCUCGGAAUUGCUCAAGGAAGCCUCUCAUCUGGAUCCGGACAAUGCCAAGGUGAAGGAGGCAUGGCUUGCUCUUCAAAAGAGGGAGCAGACAGGCGAUCUGAUUAAUCUACUUGGAAGCUAUCUUGGAUCUGGUCCGGAAAGCGAUGGCCAGAAAGCUUUGCAGGCUCUCAAACAGAGAAGGCCUCCUCCAGCCGAGGCCGUCGAAGCUAUCCGCCUGCUGCUGGAGCCUGCGAAGGAAGCAGACCUUCUCGACGCCCUAACCGGAACACUGUUGUACGUGAGCGUGGACGCGAAGAAAGCAUUGGCAGAGAAGCUAUUGGAGCCUUUCUCAGAGUUAUUCGACCAGCUGUUUGAGCGUGGCGAGGAGAGCUUCAAGGCGCUUGCUACGCUCGCCYUUGACGAAGCCAUCUGGGCAUCAAAAGAGAGACAGGUGGCAGCGCAAAAGGACUUGUUUCGCCUAGGUGUUGCCAAGCUUAUUGAUGUUGGUGUUGAAAACCUCGACCGGCCCAUGCAAUUGAUCGCGAGACAGCUAUCAAUCGCACCAGGCAAUGUCCAAAACCUCGUCGACGAGGAUGUAUUCGACGUGGUACUGGUAUGUCUUGACAUUCGACGCGAGCCGAGUCUGAGAAGGCAGGCCAUGUUGGCCACUUCAAAGAUGCUCGAGACGAUGAAGGAGAGAGGUGAAACCUUGUUUGGUCAUUUCAUUGCCUCAAAGGUCGCCAGGCAGACCAACGAUGAUUUGAUCGUUGCAUUCUCAGUCGCUGCAGCCGUGUUUCCCAUGGUACCAACAAUUGCAGCGAGCCUUUUCAUGACGGAUGGGUUCGUGCAGCAGUUGGUGCCGAACCUUGAAAGGAACUCGGAAGCCGCAAGUCAAGGGCAAAGGAAAAGUCGGACGCUGGAGCAGGCUGCGUUGGAGCUACUGAGCGCGGCUUGUGUAGACAAGUCAUGCAGAGAGGCCAUUGACCGUUAUUGCUCUCCUUGGCUUCGUGACCUGUCGGAUGAACGAGAUGGAACCCACAAAGCGCUCGCUGCCUUGAUCCUGGCAAAGAUAAAGUCCAGCUCACAGGCAGAAAUCACAGCCAAGCUAGCAGAUCUGGUUCUAGUUGGAGACACCGAGCGCGAUCAGGCCGUGGAAGGCCUUGCAUAUACUUCCUUGCAGCCAAAGAUCAAAGAAGAGAUCGCCUCCAACAAGAUGCUCCUAAAACGUCUCGUUGAUGCGUUGAACGAACGUCCUAGUGCAACUUUUGGCUGCUUGACAGUCUUCUCAAAUUUGACGUCCUACCGACCAGUCCAAACUGCCGAGCAAAAGAAGAUGGCACAGCUCAAAGCCUAUGCAAACUCCUCCAAACCCACUCCUGAGGAUCCCUUGGACAACGACACAUUCGUCACAGCACGGGCUCGAAAGCUCCUCGAUGUCGAUGUGGUCCCAGCCAUCGUUGCAUGCUGUAAACAAACCACCUCGCCUACGAACAUAGCGUUGGUUGUUCGAACUCUSCUAUCCAUGAGCAAGGAACAAAAGAAUCGUCCAAAGAUGGCCCAGCAAGGUGCAGUCAAGCUACUCCUUCAAAUCCGUGAGCGCGUAGCAUCGACGGACAAAUCCACUGCUGAAGCCUCGGGAAUCUUGAGGAGUGCUUCACAUGCUUUGGCCCGCCUCCUCAUCUCAGUCAAUCCAGCACAUGUCUUCUCAGCAACAUUGUCAGCUUCUGCCGCCGUGAGCGCUCUGAUCCCACUCCUCGAGCUAGAUCCGGAGAGCGAGCAGCGGGAUCUACUGCCCACCUUCGAGAGUCUCCUCGCGCUUACCAACCUCGCUAGUAUGGAGGAUGCCUCACCUAGGGAGCUUCAAAUCAGAAAUGCGUGGACCAAACUUGAAGAUUUGCUCUUUUCCUCCAAUACUCUUGUCCAGCGCGCAAGCGUAGAGCUGGUCUGCAACCUUGUUGCAUCUCCUUCUGGGGUUGCAAAGUUUGCGGAUGGGAGCGCGGAUGCGAAGAGGAGGAUGCAGAUCCUGCUCGCGCUGGCUGACGUGGAAGAUCUUGCGACGAGGAGAGCUGCUGGUGGUGCUUUGGCCAUGCUGACGGAAUGGGAUGCUGCUGUCACUGCGGUGCUUGAUAAAGAUGGSGGAGUCGGCUUGAUUUUGGGAUUGUGCGAAGACGAUAGCGAGGAGAUUGUAUUGAGAGGUCUUGUUUGCUUGAGCAACGUCAUCAGUGCCCCUGGAGCGGUUGGAGAGCGGGGAAUAAAGAUUGUCAAAGGUGAGGAGGGAGGAGAGGUGGUGAAGGAGACACUGAAGAGCACCAAGAACGAGGAAGUGUUGCGAAUGGGUGUGGAGGUUCUGAAGAAGUUAAUGUGA